CUUGGCAUAAUUUCAAAACCUAAGUUCAGACCUUCUGUGACUGAAAACUGUCACACUUGAAUUAUGACGCUCCAUGAUAAGAAGUUGCCCUGAACGCAGGUUUGCAUCAAUUGCUAAAGGGCUGGAAAUCCUCUGGCCACUCGAGCCUGCCUCCUCCCGCCAAGCCUCAGCUGCCCCUCCCACCGCUCCUUCUCUUUCCGGGGAAGCGAUUAUCUUGCCGAAGGGCACGGAGACGAGGUGGGCUGGCUCUCCCAAAGAGGGGGCGGGUGGAUCCUCCCAAGAGCGGGGCUCUAGAAAGCGCACCCUCUCCGCGGCCCGGAGACUGCCAGCAAUCCGCGCGGCGCAGAGCGAUGGAGUCCUCCUGGCUCGAGAGGCACUGGGCAAGGCCCUUUUACCUGGCGUUGGCGUUCUGCUUGGCCUUGGGGCUGCUGCAGGUCAUCAGGCUUUUGCUGCAGAGGCACCGGCUGCUUCGAGACCUGCGCCCCUUCCCCACGCCUCCCACCCACUGGCUCUACGGGCACCAGAAGAUAUUUCGGCAGAGUGACAUUAAAAAGCUUGAGGAGAUUGUAGAAAAGUACCCUUGUGCCUUUCCUUUCUGGAUUGGGCCCUUUCAGGCAUUUUUCUACAUCUAUGACCCAGAGUAUGCAAAGACAUUUCUGAGCAGAACAGAUCCCAAGUCCAAGUAUCUGUGCAAGUUCACGACUCCAGUCAUUGGAGAAGGACUAGUGAAUCUGAAUGGACCCAAGUGGUUCCAGCACCGUCGCCUACUAACUCCUGGAUUCCAUUUGAAUACCUUGAAAUCAUAUGUCGAGAUGAUGGCCCAUUCUGUGAACACGAUGCUGGGUAAGUGGGAGAGGAUUUGCGGCACUCAGAACACACUUCUGGAUAUCUCUGAGCACAUCGACUUGAUGACCCUGGAUGUUCUUAUGAAAUGUAUUUUCAGCAAGGAAACCAACUGCCAGAUAAACAGCAACUUUGAUUACUAUAUAAAAGCAAUAAGGGAAGGCACCACUAUCAUCUUUUACCGUGUGUACAAUUUCUUGUAUCACCAUGACAUGAUUUUCAAGUUCAGCUCUCAGGGCCACCGCCUGUGGGAGAUAAGCAAGAUACUGCAUCAGCACACAGAAAAGGUAAUCCAGGAGAGAAAGAACUCCCUCAGGGACGAGAAGAAGCAGGAGAACGUUCAGAAGAGGAGGUACCAGGAUUUUCUGGAUACUGUCUUUUCUGCCCAGGCUGAAAUUGCCAACAGCUUCUCAGAUACUGACCUAUGGUCCGAGGUGAACACAUUCAUGUUGGCAGGGCAUGAAACCGUGGCAGGAGGCAUUUCCUGGCUCCUCUACCACCUGGCUCUGUACCCUGAGCAUCAGGAGAGAUGCCGGGAGGAGAUCAGGAGCAUCCUGGGGGAUGGGUCUUCCAUCAACUGGCCCUGGUGCAUUGGAAAUGGGGACUUGAUCCCUAGACUUGCAUUUAGAGCUUGAAUGUUGGGGUUCAAGUGGAUCUUCUCUUCUGAGAGACCUGAGUGAGCACCUGGGUCAUUUAACCUCAUUGUCGACGUUCUCUCCCAUCCCCUUGUUCACACUUCGGGAUUGGCUUUCGACUUUGAAUCUAUUACUAAAUGGUACACACUGUAAUUGAGUUUAGCCAAUGUGGACUGAGUAUAUUUUCAGUACUAAGACACUUAAAAACCAUGCAAGAUUUGGUGAGGGUCCUGCGCUCAACAAGCUCACACUCUAGCACAAGAGACAAGCCCCCAUACAGAUGACUGCAAUAAAAUAUGGUAAGGGUGAUGAGAAAGAUACAUGUUAGGUACCACAGAGAUUUAGAAGACCAGCACCUAACCUGGCGUGGGGGCUCAAGGAGACUUCCUGGGAGAUCUGACACUUAACCUGCCUCUUAUAGGUUGGGUAAGAGCAGCGAGGUGGAAAACUUCAACUCCAUUUGGCUAGACUUUAAGCAUAUCUUGCUGUUAGUGAAGCCCGGAUUAUAGAUUUGCCCCUUGGACAUGCUAUUUGCAAGGAAAACACAUGUCCCUCAUACAAGCCAUGCUCUUUCCCCUAGCAAGAUAUUUCACAUGUCAUUGCUUGUCUUUCUUUUCACUCCAUUUCAUGUGAUAACUUUUCCAUGAAAAAUAGACAUGCUAAUGGAACCAAGCCUAGCGACUAGGGGGAAAACGUCAUAUUUCAAAUGCAAAGGCUAGCACAGUUAAAAUGUGUGUAAAGGAAAACCUGAAUUUAUAUAGGUAUAGUAGAGAUCACACUUUUUGUAGGGAAAUACUAGUCAUUUCCUACCAUAGUUUAAAGGUCUAAUCUAUAUUGCACAAAAUGCAGUGUUGAUUAGUUAAGUUUUAGUAAGUUAUACAUUGAGUUUGGAAAUACUCCCAACAUUGAUUAGAUAAUUUAAGGUUGACUAGGAUGGAUAUAUACAACUUGUCAACUGAAAAAAAAUGUACAACCUAAAAGCUGAGAGUUAGUUUUAUUCGGCAAACAUUUCUGAGCGCAAAAUGUGGCCUCUCAGAUUGCUCUAAGAGGCUGCUCUGAAAAGGCGAGGGAGGAGACAGGAUAUAUAGGAGUUUGUGCAACAAAGACCAGGUAGUUGGAACAUCAAAAGAUUACCAGUAACUAAAGAAAGCCGGAUAUUUUGAGUUAAGGAAUUUAGCACUUUUCUAUGUAUGGGAAGAUGCGAAAGUCUGGGCUCACUGAAAGCAUUCCUUUGAUAUGUGCUUAGCUAUCUAGGGCCAGUGUCCUGGGCUUCUCCUCCUGAGUCUGCUCCGGGGACACCACUGGGGGUGGUUGCAGAGGCUCAGGAGUUGCCAGCGGGCACCUGCUUGUCUCCACCCUGACUUGCCUCCAGCUCACCGUCAGCGGGGGGAGGCGGCGGGAGUGGCUGAUGGCUGACGGCUGCAGCAUCCUUUGUUCACUGAUAUGGCAGCAGUAUCUGUUAUUCACAAACUCAAAUAGUGACCUUUCUUAUUCUUGUUUGACCUAUGUGAAAUGAAAAACAAUAAAGAAAUCUUUGUCAGGUAAGAAAACAAAGUCCAGAGGAUCUGUUAACUACCAUUGGUUUUCAUGAGAGAAAUGGUAACAGUAUUAUAGUGAAUAAAAUAUGUUUUUAUUCAAUAA